AUGUCAUUAGUGGGAAGGUUUGAACAUCUUCCCAAUCGACCUAAAUCCGAUGCCGCCCGACCAUUAUUAGAGAAGAUAGCUUCUCAGGUCAAACCUAUAAUGUUAAAAAGAGGAUGGAAGGUUGGUACUUUGGCCGAGUUCACACCCGCCGACCCAUCUCUUUUAGGAAAUAAUACGAAUAAAGGAGAAAGGAUAAACCUACGUUUGAGACCACCUGGAAGUCCUUCGAGCUUUUACGAGUUUGAUCAGUUGGUAUUGGUCAUGUUACAUGAGUUGACCCAUAACGAGUUCGGACCUCACGAUGCGUCUUUUUAUAAAUUGUUGGGCGAGUUGGAGGAGGAAUUUUAUGAAUUAAAACGUAAAGGGUAUACUGGCGAAGGCUUCCAUAGCUCAGGCCACCAUCUAUCCGGUCUCAGAGUCAACGAGUACCAAGGUCGUCUGAAAGGUCUCACAGCAGCACAAAAGAGAUUGGAUACACAGAGGAGGAUUGGUAAAGGCGGCGUCUUGGGAGGAUCGAGAGUGUUAGGAAAGAGCAUGAAAGAGAUCAUGGCAGAGGCCGCGGAGAGGAGGAUCAGAGACGACAAAGCCUGCAAUACCUCAGACGAGGGACAUGCCAAAGAGGUGGAAGAGGAAGUCCGGAAGGCUCAAAACGAAAGUGUCGGAAUUGAUGCUCAAGACCUGCCAGGAAAUGAUGACACCGCAGGUGAUAAGCAUGGAGAUAUGAGUAGAAGCAGGAGCAGGAGCCCGAGUAUCGAGUUGAUCGACGGACCUCGUCCACCAUUGGUGUCAAAGUCGAACAAAAAAAAUGGAACUGGGGUUACCAGUCUGAAAAAGAACGUUUCUCCUCCUCAACAUUCUCAACCGCCAAUCACAGCCAAAAGGAUCACGUCGUUAGUCAAAAUACCAGCUGAAAGGACAAAGCCAAAAGAAUGGUCCUGCGCGACAUGCACGCUGCUCAACCCAGCGUCCAAGACCAGAUGCGAGGCGUGCGACACCGCCAGACCAGUCGACCCUAGUGAAGGAUGGUAUUGCGAGUUCUGUGGUGCAGGGCCGCGAGAUGCUGGAUAUUGGAGCUGCUUGGAGUGCGGUUGGGUGCGCAAGUGGGGCUGA